CUUCUCACGCGCGAGCUAAAAAAGCAGAUCUGCAACAAAAGAACGGGUGCACAGCCAGAAUUUGAUGAGACUGGAGACUGGUGAGAAUUUGAUGAACAAACCAAGACAGAUCUACGAGACAUGAUGUGAUGUAUUGAUGGGUAUUAGUUCGUUAGCAUAACGCGGAGAAUGGCUUUCGCAUCGACCUCUCACACGAAGGUUGACGCCAACAGUGUACAACGUGCGGUAGGAACGUGCUGCCACAGCUGCCCACAUGAGGGUGUCCAUGUGUUCUGUGUGUACGGCAGCUGUCCGAGUGUCACCCUGAGGGUGCGCGUGAACUUGGUGAGCUGUUGGCGAUGGCCCGGCAGGCCGAGGAGGCCACUGUGCGCCGAAUCGCGGUCUUGGAGGAAGCGCUGGCACCCACCUGGGAUCCAAGAAAAGACGUAUGGGCCCACGAUACGCCAUUGUGAAACGUAUGACUGCACCACGACCUGACUGACUGUAUUUGGGUGGUUCAGUUCGAUAUGACGGCCGACCGCCCAAAGCAGGACGUGAGCACUCGAGCACAGAUGUAUGUAUGAAUUCACUGCCGCACGUACGUCCUUUUGUUUGUGUGGUGAUGCUGUCAGCCUGGGGUGUGCCGGCUCCGUGUGUUCAUCUACAACAGCGCUACUAAUCAGCCACGGGACCCUGAUGGGGGACUUGCCAGCUUCACCCACGAGGCACGGAGGGCAGGGAGGAGGCUGUCCGUAUGUUGGAUGGAUGCAUGAAUGGAGGACAGGGGAACGUAAAUAUCUGUGUGUGCGGGUUGCUGGGGCAUUCACCCCCCUGGUGCAGGAUUGGAGUCGCAAGGACCCUCCUUCCUGGACACUUCGCAUACAGGGGACCGUUGACGACACGCAGGUACGUCAAGGCGUAGUACACGGAGCCCGUCGCAGCGGCAGCGCAGUAGCUUGACAACAGCCAACGUCCAGAGCACCUUUGUUGUUUGAUUUACUGUCAGAGAGCCCUCGGCGCGAAGCUGACGUCCUUCGUCAGCAAGAUAGUGAUCAUUACGAAAGAUGAAACCAUCAUAGUAAGUUGCUCACGGGGUGGUUUAGGACAGAGGCAAAGAAGGUGUGUCCCUCUCAUGGGUUUGUUGUGCGUACAGUGGGACAGGAGGUCUUACGAGGGCCCUGACGUCGAUGGCAUCGAACUCAAACGUACAGGAAAUCAGGUACGAGGCACAAAGGAGGAGAAAGGGAGAGAGGAAGAAAGGACACGGACAGAGAAGGAGGCACAGGUGGUGGAAAACAAAGAGCUCCCUCGGCCGCUGUCUCCGCGUAUGGUCGCCUCCACAGGAGAUGGCGGUGCGCGUCCUGCUGUUCCUCGAUUACAAGACACCGCAAUACACCGUAGGCAGCUAUCCACAUGCAGCCGGGCACCGACGCCUCCAUCCAGUGACACGAGCCAGCCAUUCACUUCCCCUCCCAUCCUCCCUCCCCCGUUCCCUCCUCGUGUUAUCAUCCAACACCUGCAGUUGAGUCAAGAGCUGACGCAGCUCACAGGGGGGACACAACAGGCUUCACUGGCUGGUACGCAACUGUGCGCCACUUAUAUGGCCACGUACAUUAAUGCAUACGAGGGGAUUGUGUUUCAUCCGUGCGGUGGUGUGCCAGGCGUAAUCAAGAAGAUAUGCGAGUACGCCAGGACGAGGGGGGGGUUCCUGCCGGGCCCACAUUUCGCCAUCAAGGCAGACGCAGCCAUCAAGAAGGUAUGCAUGGUGGUAUAACACAAACGGAUAUGAAGUUAUGAUUGAGUGAAUGAAUGGAUUGCCCACGUGGUACAGCUGUUUCCGUCGGUAGGGGAUUCAGUGUCCCUUUCGAGCCUGCCUGACCUGUGCCGGCCUCACCUGCGGCCGCCUAAGCCCAUCGAAGUCACUCACCAACUCAAGUGAGUCAAUCUGUCCUGAUAACACAGUCAGGCUGGACUGACCGACCAACUCACAGAUCAAGGCAGUCAGGUGGCAGGCAGGCUUACCGGGAGUGUAUGUGCAGACUGCAUUGUGACUGGAUCGACACGGAGACGUCAUACGAAAUAUGCAUAGAGGUAAACAAGCUACAUCUGAGGUUGAUACAUAUGUACUCUUUACGAUGCACGAGGCGUCCACGCCGCUGCCCUCCCUCUCCCCCUCUCCCUACCCCGCUCAUUCCCUCGUUCUCCCUCUCUCCCUUGUCUGAAUGGUGCUGUGCUGCAUGUGUGAGCAGACCCCUCAUUUGCUUCAUACUGACCUCUCCAAGGCCCUGCAUGGCCAGCCUAGUAUAGCUGAAGCCAGGCGCCAGAUCGAGGUAGCUGACGAACAGGUAGGGACGCCCCUUGUUGGCCGUGGAGGCGGGCAGGCAAGGUUGAACCUCUACCUGCACGGCUGUCCUGCCCUUGGCCCUUCAGGUAUCCAAGAUCCUGGAGCGGAUUCAGCAUCACAUCAGGAGGCGAAACCACAUGCUGGCCUUCGCAAACUCACCUGUGGAGGUAGGCACGGAUGUAAUUCCACUAAAAUCCAAACCCAUGUGUUCACAUCAGUGCAGGCAGCUCCAGUAAGUAGACACAUAGACAGCUCAGGGACACACACUAAUGAACCAUCUGCGUGCGUGGAUCAUUCUGUGGCUGCCUAUAAGUCUAAAUGUGUGUAUCUGGGGCAGUUUCUGCACGCGGUCCUCAGCUCGGGCUCACAAGCAGUCCCCGCGGUCAGUUGACAUACGUACUUACAUGCUUGACAUCACGCCGUACCUGUGAUGUGGGAUCUUGUCGUUGUGCCAUCCCCGCCUACGUUGGAUGCAGUCCUGGCCUCUGUCCUCUGCCGACGAUUGUUUCGAAUCUCGACGCCCCGAGAGGGAUGCAGUAUUCUUCGCACAGGUACCUAGCCCAGCGACGAGUCAGUCGUCCAUCGCCGAAUCACUCAUCCAUCCACGGGUGUGGCUGGCUGUAUCUGCGUGGGCUCGUAUCGUGUCGCAGCCGUGGGUUCCCCCGGCGACUCAGCGAUAUUUGGAGCGUUCCCGUAGGUUGGGGAAUCAUGACUGACCAUGACGGUUAGAAAAGGAAGGACAACUGAUCUCGCCGACCAAAAUCGACUACUCAGUAAGUACAUUCUCAUUGAUGAUGAUGCGCGACUCUUUCCGGUGACACAGCAACACACAUUAGCCUGCGCGUUCCUCUCCUGAGGCUGGUCUGCUUUGAUGCCCGCCUGGCCCUUUCUCCCUUUCUCCCUAUUGGUCGGCUGUUGCGAGUGGAUGGUGGUGUGUGGGCUUGAGCUGGCCACUUUUGGUCCGCCACGGCCACGUUCAAGCAUGAUUAUCGUGAAGUGACACCUCUACCGCACCCCUCGGGGGCAAGGUCCCCCCGGGGUUACGAACGAACGACUUCUCAGAGUUGCCUUACCGAAGAAAAUCCCGCCAAACGCCGAGAAAAGGGUUUUCACGCGACGUGAAUGUUCCCCCUCCCCCGUCAUAAACCAGGUAAGGCGCAACAGCGCAGGG